AAGAACAGGACACAAGAAACGGAGGAUUGUUUUAAGAAAAUAACGGUUUGAGUCUGUUGUUUGCCUUGCUGAGAAAAACACUACUUCAUAAGGAUAUUGGAAAAUACUCAAAUACUCAAUCAAGAAUGAGUGUGGACGAGGAUACGCGUUGGCUUGAAUGGGUCACCAAGCAGUUUGAGACUAUCGCAGGAGAAGACAAGGAGAUAGACUUGGAUGAGUUUAAAACAGCCCUUAAAGUGAAAGAGUCAUUUUUUGCAGAGAGGUUCUUUGCACUAUUUGAUUCGGAUGGCAGUGGCUCUAUUAGCCUCGAUGAGCUGCUGAAGGCUCUGAACCUCCUCAUUCACGGCAGCGAGUCUGACAAGCUGCGCUUUCUCUUCCAAGUCUACGAUGUGGACGGAAGUGGCUCUAUAGACCCUGAUGAGUUGCGAACAGUGCUGAAAUCCUGCCUAAAGGAAAGCGCCAUCUCCCUGCCAGAGGAGAAACUGGAUGACCUGACACUGGCACUGUUUGAGUCAGCUGAUAAAGAUAACAGUGGCUCCAUUACAUUUGAAGAGCUAAAGGCAGAGCUCGAGAACUUCCCUGAGGUCAUGGAGAACCUCACCAUCAGUGCUGCCAACUGGUUAAAACCUCCUGAUAUGGACCAGAAGAAGAGGAAGACGCCUCGCUAUUUGACCAGAGCGUACUGGCACAACAACAGCCGAAAGCUGUUCUUCCUCUGCCUGUACGCCUUCCUCAACAUUCUCCUCUUCAUCAUAGCUAUGCUGCAGCAUGCUGCCGGUGGACCCUGGUACAUGUUGGCGAAAGGGUGCGGAAUAUGCCUUAACCUCAACUGCACUUUUAUUAUGUUGCUGAUGCUACGGCGUUGUCUCACGUGGCUGCGUGCCACCUGGGUUGUGAAAGUCUUACCAUUGGACCAGAACAUCCUUCUGCAUCAGAUAGUGGGUUAUGCCAUCCUCAUCUUCACUCUGGUGCACACAAUGGCACAUGUCAUGAACUUUGUUUCGCUAUCACAAACUAAUAGAGAAUAUAAGGUGUGGGAAUACCUGCUCACCACACGCCCGGGUAUCGGAUGGGUUCAGGGCACUGCCUCUAUCACUGGGGUUGUGUUGCAGGUCCUCAUCUGUCUCAUGGUGGUUUGUUCCAGCACAUUUGUCAGACGCAGUGGUCAUUUUGAGGUGUUCUACUGGUCUCAUCUGUCUUAUAUUUGGGUUUGGGUACUGCUCAUAGUCCACUGCGCUAAUUUCUGGAAGUGGUUUGUGGCACCUGGUGUGAUUUUCCUUGUGGAGAAGUUAGUUGGCAUUGCAGUGUCUCGCAUGGCAGCCCUGUAUAUUGUUGAGGUCAACUUGCUGCCAUCUAAGGUAACACAUCUAGUAAUCAAGCGGCCACCGUUCUUCCAUUUUAAACCUGGUGACUAUGUCUACCUCAACAUCCCAGUCAUAGCCAAGUAUGAGUGGCACCCAUUCACCAUCAGCAGUGCACCAGAGCAACAAGAUAACAUAUGGCUCCAUGUGCGCUCAAUGGGCCAAUGGACAAAUCGGCUGUUUGAGUAUUUUAGAGAGCCUGAGAGCCAAGCCGUCAGCAACAAGCGACUUACAGCCAGCCUGAGGAACCGAAGGCACCAAGCAAGAACCCAGCAGGAGGAGCUGUUCAAAUCUGUGGGCUGUGGUGGAACUGUAGCAUCUAAUGAGGAUAAUGCCAUUGAGCUAACUCUGUAUCGCAAGAACGGAGUACGGUCCAGUUCUCAGAGACCAAACCCAGACCAUGGAGUGCAGGUAGAAUUGGGAGACAUGCCUCCAGUUACUAGAGAGAUCUCUGCAAAACUGAGUGAGAAUCAUAGAUACUGUAACAUCAAGUGUUAUGUAGAUGGGCCCUAUGGCACCCCGACCAGGCAGAUCUUUGCCUCAGAGCAUGCAGUGCUGAUUGGGGCUGGCAUCGGCAUCACACCCUUUGCAUCCAUCUUGCAGAGCAUCAUGUACCGUUAUCGAAUGAGGAAGCAGAACUGCCCUAACUGUAGCUACUCCUGGUGUGAGACUAUCAAAGAUAAUGAGAUGAAGCUGAGGAAGGUGGAUUUCAUUUGGAUAAACCGAGAUCAGAAGUCAUUUGAGUGGUUUGUGAGCUUGUUGACUAAACUGGAGAUGGACCAGGCUGAUGAAGAACCUGAGGGUCGCUUUUUGGAGAUGCACAUGUAUAUGACAUCAGCUUUGAGUAAGAAUGACAUGAAGGCUAUUGGGCUGCAGAUGGCAUUGGACUUGUUGGCAAAGAAAGAGAAGAGAGACUCCAUCACUGGCCUGCGGACACGCACACAGCCAGGCAGACCUGAGUGGGGCAAGGUGUUCCAGAAGGUGUCAGAGGAAAAGAAAGGCAAGGUCCAUGUUUUCUACUGUGGCUCCCCAGCACUUGCCAAAGUUAUCAAGGCUCAAUGUGAGAAAUUCGGAUUUAAUUUCUACAAGGAAAACUUCUGAGAUACCUGAUAACUAUUCAUGUUUCUUGGUUAUCCCCUUCUACAGUCAUACUUGCCUUUUUUUGACUUAGAGCCAUUGGAUAAUAGUCUGGGCUUAAGCUAUGUGACAUUGCCUAUUUUGUACUGUAAGUUUGUCUUCUUCUCUUUAUGAAUGCAUUUGCCCUUGCACUUUCAAACUCAUUUUGAAUACCAAAUUCCGCUGACCAUAGCAAGAUUCACAUUUUAAAAUGAAUGCCAUUGUUUUUCAAGUUGCAGUUUGCUGCUUCUGCUCAGAGUUAGUAAUAUUCAUUUAAGAAGUAAUCAAUUAAGUAGAUGUCAUAGCUGUAUCAGGAUUGUACAUUAGUCCUUAUGUUGUAGUAAUGUCCAGUGUGAUUAGACACUUUUUCAUGUAUAUGCAUUGUGCACAUAUUGCGUGUGUGUAUGUGUGUGUGUGUGUGUGUGUUUACACCAUAAAGGUACUUCAGCUUAUAUUCAAGGUAAAAUAGAAGUGUAAUAAUGGUACUUAUUGCCAUGUUGUAUAUCUUUGAUUCUUAUUCUUGCUUGUUUAAUGAGUUAAACAAUGUAUAGGAAUGUAGUUGUCAAAACUUGUAAAACUAUAUUGUAUCUGUGAAAAUAUAUUGAAUAUUUUAUAGCCUUGAAAGCCUUUACUAACUGUUAAGCACUCAUUAGUGACAUUGUAAUAAUGUUAACCUUUCAUUUGAUCAUAUAAAAAGAGAGUACAGCAGUCUAAUUUUGUAAUUUUGCUUUUCCAUUGUCUGCAUUUCAUCUGAUGUAUGUGAGAAAUAAGGAGAAACAUGUUGCGUUUGGACUCGGAGCCUAUACUGGGAACACUGCACGUGUGUGGCCCAAUACACCCUGAAUGGAGGUCACUAUGCACACGUAUAUUUACACACUCAUUCAUACCUAACAGCAAUUUAGAGACAUCAAUCAGCAUGUUUUGGGGAGGUGAAAGGAAACUGGAUAACAUGGAGGAUACCUGGAGAACGUGCAAAUCUCCACAGUAGCCUGAGAUCAGGAGGGAACCGAGGACCUUGGAGCUGCAUUAGCAUUAGAGCACAGGUUCCCAAUCCCUGGUCCUGGAGGACCCCUCGUCCUGCAUAUUUUAGUGUUUUUCCUGCUCCCAACACAUCUGAUUCAUUUAAUCAGCUACAACCCCGUUUCCAAAAAGUUGGGAUGCUGUGCAAAAUGUUUCAAUGACUUGCAAAUCAUUUAAACCUUAUAUUUAAUUGAGAAUAGUACAAAGACAACUUUGUAACUGAGAAAUUUUAUUGUUUUUUGAGAAAUACAUGUGGAUUUUGAAUUUGAUGCCAGCAACCUGUUUCAAAAAAGUUGGGACAGGAGUAACAAAAGACUGGAAAAGUUGUGUAAUCUGGAGAAAUCUCUGUACACAAGGGACAAGGCCAAAAACCAAUACUGAAUGAGCGUGAUCUUCGGGCCUUCGGAGGUACUGCCUUAAAAACAGACACCAUUCUGUAGUGGAAAUCACUGCAUGGGCUCAGGAACACUUCCGAAAACCAUUGUCAGUGAAUCCCUGGUCCUGGAUGGUCGCUGCAUCCACAAAUGCAAGUUAAAACUCUACCAUGCAAAGAAAAAAAACAGAUAUAAACAAGUUCCAAUAACGCCACCGCCUUCUCUGGCCCCGAGCUCACUUAAGACAGACUGAGCUGAAGUGGAAAACUGUCAUGUUGUCUAACGAAUCAAAGAUUUUUUGGAAAUCAUGGCCGCUGCAUCCUCCGGGCUAAAGAGGAGAAGGAUCACCUGGCUUGUUAUAAGCGUGCGGUUCAAAAACCAGUAUCUGUGAUGGUAUGAGGGUGCAUUAGUGCAUAUGGCAUGGGUAACUUGCACAUCUGUGAAGACACCAUUAAUGCGAAAUGAUAUAUAUACGUUUUGGAGCAACAUACUGUAUGCUGCCAUCCAAACGACGCCAUCUUUUUCAGGGAAGGCCUUGCUUAUUUCAGCAAGACAAUGCCAAACCACAUUCUGCAUGUUCCAUUACAACAGCAUGGCUCCGUUGUAAAAGAGUCCGGGUGCUAAACUGGCCCACCUGCAGUCCAGACCUGUCACCCACUGAAAACAUUUGGCGCGUUAUGAAAAGAAACAUACAGCAAAGGAACCCUGAACUGUUGAGCAGCUGAAAUCCUAUAUCAAGCAAGAAUGAGAAAACAUUUCACUUUUAAACCUACAGCAACUGGUCUCCUCAGUUACAAACACUUACAGAGUGUUGUUAAAAGAAGAGGUGAUGCAACACAGUGGUAAACAUGCCUCUGUCCCAACUU